UACGAUCAGGCAGGAUACUUACUUGUUGACAUGUCGAAAGUAGCAUCAACCUCCACUGGGGACACUCGUCAAGUAUCCUCAGAGGACAGCAAGUUAAAUCAAAAGACAAAGGAUGAUAACCAAGAGUUCUUGCUCAAGGUCCUCAUUCUCUCGAUACUCUAUGUGUUGGCUUUCUCUACACGUUUAUUCUCAGUACUUCGCUAUGAAUCAGUGAUCCAUGAGUUUGAUCCAUACUUCAACUUCCGCACAACAAAGUACCUGGUCAAGGAAGGACUCUAUGACUUUUUGAACUGGUUCGAUGAGCGCAGCUGGUAUCCACUGGGACGUAUUGUCGGUGGAACACUCUACCCUGGAUUGAUGGCCACAGCGGCCGCUGUUCAUUGGCUGCUCAACUCGCUUAACCUCACUGUCAACAUCCGUAACGUUUGUGUACUGCUCUCCCCAUGGAUGGCCAGCAACACUGCCAUGAUCACAUACAAGUUUGCCAAGGAACUAAAGGACACUCAGACUGGUCUAGUGGCCGCCGCCAUUAUUGCAAUAGUUCCAGGCUACAUCUCUCGUUCUGUGGCCGGCUCCUUUGACAAUGAGGGUAUUGCCAUCUUUGCCCUGAUCUUCACCUACUUUUGCUGGAUCAAGUCAGUUAACACUGGUAGUUUGGCCUGGGCGGCCGUGUGCUCUCUGGCCUACUUCUACAUGGCCAGCGCUUGGGGUGGAUACGUGUUCAUAAUCAACUUGAUCCCUUUGCAUGUAAUUGCCCUACUUUUGACGGGUCGCUACUCCCACCGCCUCUACGUCGCCUACUCAACAGUCUAUGUGGUGGGCACCAUUCUCUCGAUGCAGAUUAACUUCAUUGGCUUCCAGCCCGUGCAAUCUAGUGAGCACAUGGCGGCACUUGGCGUGUUUGGCCUACUGCAAAUGUUUGCCGGUCUCAACUACAUCAAGUCCAUGCUGACACCAGAGGCAUACUCUCGUCUCCAGCGUUUGACUCUUCUCACAAUACUGUCAGCAGCUGUGGCCGCCUUUGUCAUUGGCAUGAUCACAGGUUACAUCUCACCAUGGAAUGGUCGUUUCUACUCACUGCUCGACCCGACUUACGCCCGCGAUCACAUCCCAAUCAUUGCCUCGGUGUCUGAGCAUCAACCCACCACCUGGUCCUCCUACUACUUUGACCUGCAUAUCCUAGUGUUCUUGUUCCCUGCCGGCCUCUACUUUUGUUUCACCGAUCUGACCGAUGGUAAGAUCUUCUUGAUCCUCUAUGGAGUAACAGCGAUCUAUUUCUCUGGUGUCAUGGUGCGACUCAUGUUGGUACUUGCGCCAGUGGCCUGCGUGUUGGCCGCCGUAGCAAUCUCCUCCACACUCCAGACCUAUUCAAAGAUACUCAAGUCGCCUUCGACCGAGACCAACUCAAAGGAAUCAGGUGGAGUUAUGAUCAGUCUUCUCACCGUUCUGCUUGUGCUCUAUGCCUUCCACUGCACCUGGGUCACCUCAGAGGCAUACUCAUCGCCAUCGAUCGUGCUCUCAGCCAAGCAGGGUGACUCACGAGUCAUCUUUGAUGACUUCCGUGAGGCCUAUCGUUGGAUCGGACAGAACACCGCUGAUGAUGCGCGUAUCAUGUCCUGGUGGGACUAUGGCUACCAACUGUCGGCCAUGUCCAACAGGACGACGUUGGUCGACAACAACACUUGGAACAACUCGCAUAUUGCACUCGUUGGUAAGGCUUUUGCCUCAACCGAGGAGGACGCCUAUAAGAUCAUGCGCGAGCUUGACGUCGACUAUGUACUGGUCCUUUUUGGUGGCUUGACAGGCUACUCCUCGGACGACAUCAACAAGUUCCUCUGGAUGGUCAGGAUCGGUGGUAGUACAGACAAAUCAAUCGUAGAGUCGGAUUACCUUGCCAACGGUCACUACCGAAUAGACUCUGGUGCGUCACCCAAGAUGCUCAACACACUCAUGUACAAACUGUGUUACUACAGGUUCUCCGAGGUGCACACUGACUAUGGAAAGCCCUCUGGAUUCGAUCGUGUGCGUAACGUCGAGAUUGGCAACAAGAACUUCCAGCUCAAGUAUCUCGAAGAGGCCUUCACCUCUCUACAUUGGUUGGUCCGCGUCUACAAGGUCAAGGAUCUUGAGAACAGAGCUUAA